AUGUUUUUGAGCCCUAUGAUUGAAAAGGUAGUGGAGGCUGUGAUCGAGAGGCUGAGAGCUGAUGAUGAGGUAAAGUCAUCUGACAUUGAUGCAUCGUAUGCCAGCAUACAUGGUGCGUUUAUUAGUCUUGAGAGUAAGGGUGUGUGCAAUGUUAAGACGAAUGAGAGUUUUGAGGAAGUGCUAACUAAGGAGGGUGAGGAAGUGGAGAAGAAUGGAAGUGAAGAGUAUUUGCUGUUAAAGUCAAUAGGGCAAGAUGGAAUGAGUCUUGAGGAUCUCGAAAGGUACAAGUUGGGGAAGAUGAAUGCAUUUAAAAAUAAGUGGAUUAGGAAGGAAGGAAGUAGAGUGUUCAGAGUUGUUGGGGAUAUUGAGGAUGGAAUAAGAAAGAUGGCUGCUAAUCUGAAAUGUGGAAAUGCAUCUGAAGAUGAGCUGGAGACGUUGAGGAGAAGAAAGCUUGUUUAUAAGAAGAAGAAUGUUGUGUUAAUAGCAACCAAAGGGCCGAUGUUUUUUGAAGCAAGCAGUUAUGUGACGGAGUUGACUGCAGGGAUGGUGCAGAGUGGCUCCUACAAAAAUGCUGUCUUCAAGAAUUACAACUUUGACACUCGAGGAAGUGCUCCGCAGUCUGGAUCUCUACAUCCUUUGAUGAAGAUGAGAGACGAUUUCAAGAGGAUAUUUGUUGGGAUGGGGUUUAGCGAGAUGUCUACUGGCCAAUAUGUUGAAUUAUCGUUCUGGAAUUUUGAUGCGUUAUUCCAGCCUCAGGAUCAUCCAUCGAGAGAUGCACACGACACGUUUUUUAUUAAGGAUCCCGAGAUAAGCACAAGGCUCCCUGCUGAGUAUCUGAAGGAUGUAUCCGAAACGCACUGUGGAGGAAGAUAUGACUCGCUGGGCCAUAGAAAUGCAUGGAGCAUAUCAGAAGCGCAGAAAAACAUUCUAAGGACACAUACAACGUCGGUAAGUGCCAGAAGGCUGUACGAGCUAGGAAAAAGAGGGUUUGUGCCUACAAAGCUGUUUUCCAUUGACAAAGUGUUUCGAAACGAAAGUGUAGAUGCAACACACCUUGCGGAGUUCCAUCAGGUGGAAGGAUUGAUUGUUGACAAAGGGUUGACCAUAGGACACCUCAUGGGUGUUUUACAGGAAUUUUUUGGCAGGCUUGGCAUGGACAACAUCAAGUUCAAGCCUGCAUUUAAUCCAUACACUGAGCCAUCUAUGGAAGUGUUUGGGUAUCAUAAGGAGCUCGGCAAGUGGAUAGAGAUAGGAAAUUCUGGGAUUUUCAGGCCCGAGAUGCUACGCCCAAUGGGAUUUGAUGCGGAUGUGAGCGUGAUUGCAUGGGGGCUGUCUCUUGAAAGGCCGGCAAUGAUCAAGUAUGGAUUGAAGAAUAUCCGCGAUCUUGUUGGGCACAAGGUUGACAUUGAGUUUUCUAGAAGAAGCGAAAUAUGUUUUUUUGAUUAA